GAGCUUGACUUGCGCGAGGUGGCCCCCUGCCGGGCGUGCCAGGAGCCGUUGCAUAGGAGAGAGUUUGCAAAGGAGGACCAGACGGGAGCAUCUUUGGAAGGGACAGAGAAGCUCCACAGAGUUCUGCAUUCUGAGUCUGGUGUGCAGAUGCUGCUCAGGCGAGGCUGGAGGCGGACGGCACUCCUGUUGAUGCAGCAAAGAGCGCGAUCCCACGGCACAAACUGACUCCCCACCUGGAAGGAAGAUGAAGGGGGCCACCAGGCCGUGGAGCACGGCCCUCUCCAAGCAGGGGUGCCAUGGGACAGAACGAGGGAAACCUCUGCCCUCCGCCCCCAUCGGCAUGAAGACCUCCAAGUCAUCCACCUCCCUCGCCUUCGACUCCCGGCUCAGCAAGCUGAAGAGAGCCAGCAGCGAAGACAUGCUCACAAAGCCAGGCGUCAUGGCAGCCUCGGGAGGCUCCCGGCUGAAGAAGACCAUCACCACGGGGGCCAUCUCCGAGCUGGCUGAGAACCGUCUGCGGCCUGCCUCAGGUUCCAUCCCGUCGGCGAAGCGUACCGGGAUCCCAGCCCCGCGGGAGCUGUCGACUGCCUCGGGCAGAGAGAAGGCGGCCCUGAGACCCAGGAAGGCUCAGCCCAGCCCCACUUCCUCCGGGGCGCCGACGCCCACCAAGCACUCGCGCCCGGCCCCCAAGUGCAAGAAUGAGGGGGACGCCGGCGAUAAGGCCACGCUGGAGUCGCAGGUCAAGGAGCUGCUGGCCGAGGCCAAGGCGAAGGACUCGGAGAUCACCAAGCUCCGGAGCGAGCUGAAGAAGCACCAGGACCGGGAAUGGGUGCACUGCGAACUGGACCACCCCGCAGGGGUGUCGCCAGCCGAGGCGGAGCCCCUGGUCCGCACCCUCCAGGACCAGAACCGGGCUUUCCAGAGGGAGCUGCUGAGCCUUGGGGAGGAGAACCGCCUCUUGAGAGAGAAGCUCAGCCGCCUGGAGCAGUCGCCGCUGUCGGACACCCUGAGCAGCAGUGGGGGCUGCGGAAGCAGCCUCGCCACCCCCACCACGCAGGAGUCGAGCUUCGGCAGCCCCACGCAGCCUCCCGGGAACCCCCGCGCCAACGGGGGCACAGCCCCCCUGCGGAACUCGGGGUCGUCCAGCAGCGACGUCACCAAGGCGUCCCUGUCCCCGGACGCCUCGGACUUCGAGCACAUCGCGGAGGCGCCCUCCAGGCCCCCGUCGUCGGGGAGCCACCCCUCCCAGGCCCCGCAGGACUCCCCCGCCGGGAGCUCCCCCAACAACGCCAGCGACCUCUCGGUGGCCUCCUUGACGGAGCGGAUCCAGAGGAUGGAAGAGAACCACCACUGCACGGCCGAGGAGCUGCAGGCCACGCUCCAGGAGCUCUCCGACCAGCAGCAGGUUGUGCAGGAGCUGACGGCCGAGAACGAGCGGCUGGCCGAGGAGAAGGCCCUGCUGGAGGGCUCCUUCCGGCAGCACCGCGAGAGAGCCGAGCAGCUCGGCCAGGAGAACGAGAAACUGGCCGCCCUGCUGCAGGAACGGCCGGCCGGCGACGACGGCAAGGCCAAGACCAUCCAGGAGCUGGAGCAGCGGUGCGGGGAGCUGCAGGAGAAGGCCCAGUUUGAGCGGGAGAAGCUUCUGAACAUCCAGCAGCAACUGACCAGCAGUUUGCGCGGCCUGGAGAGGGAGCACCAAGAAGCCCAGGCAGCCACCCGGGGCCUGCGGGAGGAGGCCGAGCGGCUGGGAGGCCUGCUGGAAGCGGAGAGGCAGGGCGCAGCCGGCCUGGCCAGGGCCCUGGAGGACUGCAAGGUGGCCCUGGAGGGGCUGAGGAUUGAAAACGGCUCACUCCGGGCCCAGCUGGACAGCGCCAAGCAGAAGGCAGCAGACAUGGACACCGUGGGGCGGGGCGGGGACCCCGGCGCCAUGCAGGAGAUGCUGAAGGGAGCCCGCGGGGAGAGGGACCAGCUGGAGCUGGCCUGCACGGAGCUCAGGCAGGAGCUGCUGAAGGCGCACAGCGAGGUGAAGACCCUGCAAGGGCAGCUGGCCAAGACUGAGAAGGAGUGUGCUCAGCUGAAGGAGACCUGCGACCGUCAGGCGGACCAGCUCAGCCGAACCAACCUCAAGCUCCAGGAGAAGACGUCGGAGAACGAGGCCGAGUUCAAGAACCUGAAGGAGACCAUCUUUGAGCUGGAAGACCAGGUGGAGCAACACCGGGCGCUCAAACUGCACGACAACCAGAUCAUCAGCGACUUGGAGAGUAAUCUACUGAAAAUGGAAGUCCAGAAGACGGAUUUGGAAAGGCAACUGAAGACCCUGAACAAGCAGAUGAAGGAGGACACGGCCGAGUGGCGCCGCUUCCAAGCCGACCUGCAGACGGCAGUGGUCGUGGCCAAUGACAUCAAGUGCGAGGCCCAGCAGGAGCUGCGGACGGUGAAGCGCCGCCUGCUGGAGGAGGAGGAGAAGAGCGCCCGGCUGCAGAAGGAGCUGGACGAGGCCCAGGGCGGGAGCACAAGGCCAACCAUUGAGGUGAUGGACGCAGUCGAGGCAGAUCCUGCCAGCCGCUGGCAGGGGGUCUCCGUCAGCCGCGCGUCGCCGACGCCCCCCGAGUCCCUGGCUACCGUCAAAUCGUUGAUCAAGUCGUUCGACUUGGGGUGCCCAGGUGGUCCGGGGCAAAGCGUUCCUGUCCACAAGGUCUCCCGGAGCCCCCUCAGCGGCAUUCCCACCAGGACAGCUCCAGCAGCUGCCGUCUCGCCCAUCCAGAGACACUCCACCUUCAGCAACCCAAAGCCCUCUGGAAAGGCAUUUUCCAAGCACGCUGAUCUUCCAGAGCUUCCCUUGGCAGACUUGCUGAAAGGGAGAAGUGAGGACCUGAAGCCAGACCACUUUCUCCGCAAAAGCCCCUCGCUGGAGUCCCUGAGCAAACCGCCCUCCAUGUCCUUCUCCGGCAGGAUGCUCACCUCCACCCACAGUGGCCUGAAACCCCCCAGCAAGCUCAGCGUGGAGAGGAAGGACCCUUUGGCCGCUUUGGCGAGGGAGUACGGCGGCUCCAAGAGGAACGCCCUGCUGAAAUGGUGUCAGAAGAAAACAGAGGGGUACCCAAAUAUCGACAUCACCAACUUCAGCAGCAGCUGGAGCGACGGCCUGGCCUUCUGCGCCCUCCUGCACACCUACCUGCCUGCCCACAUUCCCUACCAGGAGCUCAACAGCCAGGACAAGAAAAGAAAUCUCCUUUUGGCAUUCCAGGCUGCCGAAAGCGUUGGCAUUAAACCCAGCUUGGAGCUCAGCGAAAUCAUGUACACGGACCGCCCCGACUGGCAGAGUGUUAUGCAGUACGUCGCCCAAAUCUACAAAUAUUUCGAGACCUGAGUUCCGGAGCCGGGAGGAGGAAGGAGGAGGAGGAGGAAGAGGAAGGCGUCUGAAGAACACCAUGCAACGCACUAGAUCACUUUAAAAGGAAAACACUAAAGGGACCCUCCCCCUUCGUUCCUGCCUGACAGAGGCCCCGGCAGACGUUUCUCGUGGCCCCAGAAAGGACUGGCCCCGAUCCAGCCCACGCCAUGCAGCCUGAAGCAGAGUGGAGGGGCUCUGCUUGGCCUGGGACUCUCUGGGGGGGGGACGCAGGAAAUAACAUCUCCCCCAUACUUGACCGUGCCAAAUAAGACUCCUUUCCACCCAGGGUGCCCUGCGCUGUGGGGCAGAGAACAACUCCCCUCAUCGCCGGACAAAUCGGUGGCCUUGUGCACAGCCUCUGGAGGUCCCUGAGGGCAUCAGAAGUUGCUGCUUCCCCUCUCUUUAAUUUCACAGAAUCUGGUUGUGGCUUCCCCUCUUCACGGUUCUCCUAGAAAGGCUUCCUUGCUUUUCUCCCCGGAGGCUCAAGAAAAGAGCAGGGUGGGCUGGCUUCCUGAAACAGGCUGCGCUGUGUGGAACAGCCAGGACCCCUUGAAACAUGACAGCAUCUUUGGAAAAAACAAAAUACCAAACUUAAAAUCCCCUUACAAGCCCCCCCCUCCCCUAAUGACAGCUGCCUUGGCCCAGUCUCACGCAGCUGGUAGGGUGGUAGAGAGAGCCAGGCUGAUCUUGGCUUUUGCAAAUUUCCCCCCAUCCCAGGACCAAUUUAGGGACUGUCGGGAUCUGAAUAGGCUUCUGUCCAUCCAGGCCCCACACUGUCUUGAGUGUGGAUGCAAGGAGAGGAGGGGGAGCCCUUCUGAUCGUUGCUCCACAAGGCUAGAGGAAGCCAUUAUCAGGCCCAGAUCUCCCGCCCACCCAGGAUCUGUGUUGUGAUGGGAUCACUUUGAUGCCCGAUUUAGUCCGCUGGGGUUUUGUUGCAGAACAAAGACUGCGUGUCUCUUUAACUCGUUGCACGGGGAUUUCAGCAGGUGUCUUUUCCGUAAUAGUGGGAGAAGCGGUGCCUUCUAAAAUUCUCCCCGCCCCCCCAGUGCCUCCAAGUUGGUGCAGGAGAUGCAAGAGUUGUGUUCUGUUGCGCAAACCUCCUUGUGUUGCUGCAGACAUCUUAUUUGUCUAAUCCACGGGGAACAUCUGCGGCCUACAGGAACUUGCUGGACUAAAACUCCCACCAUCUCUGACCAGUGGCGUCUGCAGGGCCACAGAACCGUCCUCAUCAAACUGGAGGCAGGGAUCCAAAUGCAGAACCAAGACAUGUUGGGAAGCCUGAUUCCCAGGUUAAAGGCACCAGUUGCUAGCUUGAGUAGUGGAGAGAAAAGGUUGUGGGGAAAAUGUGGUUUUUUGUGGGGGGGUGAGAGGGUUAGGUCUGCACAUGCUGAUAGAUUUUUUUUUCUUGGGGGGUGAUGGCCUUUGGUGGGGCCAACAGCUUUUGAAAAUCUGGAGUUGCCAAAAAAAUAUUAAUUUCCUGCCACGUCCCACCUGCCCUUUUCACAGCCGUGCCAGCAGGAAACUCCCCACAGCUCCAGUCUGUCCCAUCCAAGCGGACACAAUGUAAAAGCUUUACCUACUGCGCUUCUGCUAAGAGCGCAGGAGCCCUUCCAGGGGAGAAGAGGGAAGAGUUGGCAAGCCUGUGAGGGGAGGCGAAGUCUCUGAAAAUCUGCAAGUUAACGUCAUGUUGAAAGUGACUUGUGUCCUUAGCUCACAAGGCGAGCCUCAGCACAGUGGAUUUAUGCAGCAUCAAAAGCCUGAAAAUUCUUGCAGCGACUGAGGGCUUCUCUGCAAGGACUCGGGUGCCCUUUAAGUGUGAGCUUGAAGCGCUGAGUCAAUGACCUGUGUGGGUGAAAGCCAGGGUUGGCAGCGCCAUACGCACCGACCUUCGCCAGCCCCGUUUCACGACACCUCUGUGUCACCGAAGGGCCACCACGAAACCUCCUUGGCUGGCGUCAGGAGCACCUGAAGGCCACCAGGUCACAAACACAAGCGACGCUUCCUUUGGCUUGGUAGAAUUUCCUCCUUGCCACUUUGGUGUGGCUCGCCGGCUCCUUUCUGAGACUUGGGAGGCGAAGCCUGUAACAGGAGUGCCGUGUGUGGGUGACAUGGCCUUUGGGCACGAACCCCAGGGUCCCCUAGAGGAUGCUGCGAAGGAAGCGCUUCCUUGCCAUGAGGCCUUGUGAGCAGAUGCCCACAUCGCCCACAUCUGCCGCUUCUUCCGUGCCCCGUGGCUCUGCAGGAGAUGUGUUAGACAUCCCACCGUAAGGUCACAGAGGGCUUGGAGUACAGCCUGCACACCCAAAUUAUCAUCGUGUGUUUUCUGUUACUGGAUACGAAGUUGAAGGUGCCAAAUAAUUGUCUGAAGUUGUUCGCUUUGCCAAAGGAGGAGGCCUCCGUUUCUGCCGCCGCCUCCCAGCACAGUUCUUCUCGUCCGUGAGAGAACGUCAAUCUCUUUCCCCGCUCUUGGUCUUGGCCUGAGCUGAGCUUCCCCCACUUUGUUUGGGUCUCUCCUUCCCAUCCAAAGCCCCUUCUCCCCUUUGACAUCCCAACGGCUGUGGAAAGAAGACUUCAGGCAGGCCUGCUGUAAGGUUUCUGCCUGAAGACUUUCAGAUGUCCGGUGCUAGUCCUCAUGGUUCCUAGCCGAAACCUGCCAGACUCCAGACAGCAUCCAGUCAUUCCAAAAUCAUUUGGCAUCUUCUCUGGAGGAAACGUGCCACCGGGUCAAAGGAAGUUGCACACCACCUUUGCAUUUUCAUCAGGCAAACAGACCUUUAACUUGGGGGAGUCAGGCGCUGCGGGGAGGGAAUUUCCUACGGCCCAGGAAAAGCAUGGUUCCUUUAGUGAGUUGCAUCCAACGCCAAGGUCUGUAGCCAUGAGUAGAUGGAACAAGAACCCCACAAGGUAGACGGGGGGGACGGACCCCUCUAGGCAUAAUGGUACCCGAACUCCCACCCGCCCCUUGCAGCCAGCAUCAGUUAAGGCUGAGUAGGAUUCCAGCAACUUCUGGAGGUCCCUGGGAUUGCAGCCUCUGAUAUUACUGCCUGUUAUUGCAGGCGAAAGGAGAUUUCUGCUGUCUGCAUUUUGCCAUUUUCUCUACUUUAAGAGGAGGUCUGUCGUUACGUGUGAGGCAGGUAGAGGCAAAAAAGUCUGAGGUGGUCCUUUCAGGGAAGCUUCAUCCCUUCCCCCCAGUCCCUCAGACUGUCUCGUAAACAUCAGUUGGUUGUUUGUUAGUUAGUUUGUUAGUUAGUGUGUGUGUGUGUGUGUGUGUGUGUGUGAGUGUGAUAUGCCUACAAGGUUAAUGUUUCUGGGCCAUUGAGUGUCCAGGUGUUGGAUUGCAUCAGAAAUGUAGUUUACCUGGGGGGGGGGUGUUGGGAAAGGGAGGUUUGUUGGCUUCGCUGUGCACCUCAGUUGGCGCAAGAGAUGGAGGAAAGGCAGGAAGUGAGUGAGGGUUCGCGUCUGGUCAUCCUGAAGGUCCGGUUUGGUUUUGUCUCCAGAAAAGCAGGGGGAAGCUGAGAGGGGGGGGGAGCAGGAGAUUCCAGAGCAAAGCGAGGUGUGGAUUUGCACCCCUAACAGUUGCAAGGAGAGCAGAUGAGGUGUUUAAAAUGUCCGUGUCAGAGUGAGAGUUUUGUCUGUAUUGGUUUUGUCAGUGAUGCCGAGCUGAGGUGUCCGAAGGAAGCCUGGGCAGGUCUCUUGAGGCCUAGCAUCUUGAAGGGAAUGUUUUAGGGGCAGGUUCUGAAUCCACUUCCCUUGCUCUUGAAGGUUAGGAAGGUAGACUUAAGGUUGUGUGUGUGUGUCCCCUCCCCCUAAAGUCCCCAUUUUCCUUAGAACUCCACCUCUUUCUCCCUCCCCAUCCCAAAAUGAGGUGCAGAAGGAGAAAUCCAGGGUGACACUGAGCUUAAUUUCCCGGGGUUCUCAGUCACUGAAAUGCUGCCAGAUUACAAAGCCUCCUGCUUCUCUUGUCAACCCUCCUCAAUUUAGGGUCCACCUGUGCAGGGUUUUAUUCAAGCACUUCCUGCUCCUUCUACUGCGGGUGAAGCCAGAGGUGGCCGGCCCUAUUAGCUUGUUCCUCCACACAACACUAGGCGGCCGUAUCAACCUGCGCCCACCUUUCCCCAAAUGAUGCCAAGGGGGGCACCGUCCUUGACAUAGGAGCAUUGGGGGUCGUGUGACUGUAGGCCAGGGAUGGGGGGGGCCCAGUGUUCCUCCAGGUGUUGGACUCUGAAAUCCCAUCAUCCCUGGCAGCUGUGCAACACCUGCAGGAGACUCUCCUCACUUGAAGGAUUCUCCCAGCCCGUUUUCCCCAUCUUCCAUGCUUCUCCAGUGAAAUGCACCCCAUAAUAUAAUGCAGGGAAUUGGGCGUGGACAUCUGUGGCCUGCAGAUGUCACUGGAUCCCAGAAGGAGCAACAAGCGAGCAGGAUAAGGCCUGGGGGUUCCUGACAUCUGGAGAGAUGCUGGAGCCCCCCAUCCACCCCAUAAUUUUGUAAAAACAUAAAUGACUCCUGAGCAGGUUUCCUACGUGGAAUGGCUGGUGUCUGCAGGUGCUAAUGAUCUUUCCAAUAUGCCAUUAAUCGACUCCGACUGGCAAUGAACGAACAGAGUCCUUUCCUCUGCUUAUUAACCUGUUUUGGGAGAGCUAACAGAUUCUGGAUCCCUGCCCUGCCCUCUAUUUUUAUUUUUUUUAACCUUUACAUGUGCCAACUUCCAGAUACAUUUUGUUUGUUCAUCUUUCCUUGUGAGCGUUUCAGUUAUUAAAAAAAAACAAAAAACGGACCUCUCUCUCGGCCUGGACUGGGCGCUCCACGUCUGAACUGUUCCCGCCGGAGAGCAAAACAAUCUUAUUUAUACACCAAGAGCACACUAGAAUGUACAGGCCCUCGGAGACUUCAACGGUCGAGGAUGUGCGACUGCCAAUGUUUUUAUUUAAAGAAGAUUAACGUUACUGAAGCAUUGGGUGCAGGAUCUGCAUAAUAUUUCUAAUAAAUGCCUUUGGUUUCUGACA